AUGGUUUCAAAGGAUGGAGAUCUGCUGAGAGGGGAGCCCUUCGAAGACCCCGCGUCCGUGUCGUCUCGAAAUGCAUCCGCUUACAGGCCCUUACACACUUUCGAGCUGCCGAAAGGACCCGAGAAACACUACCAGCAGCAAUUUGCGGACAUGUACUUUCUACGAUUAGCACAAUUGAAGAAAGCUGUGAAGCAGAAGGCGCAUGAGGCGUGGGAUGAAUUCGAGUUGGCCGGCGACAAAGCGAAAUUUGUGGAACGAGUACUCGACGUGCGGCAAGGCGAGCUGUGUUGGGUCGUGGGGACUGUGUACAUGGAGAUGACGCUGAAGCCCAACGUGCUCGACGACAUAUCGAAAGAGCACUGGAUUGCAGCUCCUCCACCCCGCGAGACCUACGUAAGCCCAUCCGGCACAGACGAUAUGAUGCUCGAAGACGAAUCAGGACGCCUCCGCGUCACCGGCGACUCCUUAAACUCACACUACGUAACGGGCUGUAUCCUCGCCGCACUGGGCACCGAACAAGCCGACGGCUCCUUCCAAGUCAUUGCAACACAAUACGCUGACCUCCCACGACAACCGCAGCGCUGGGAGGCCGAAGAUUCGGCUUUCACAGUGGCAAAGAAGCCGAUCCCAAAACGCGAGAAAUCGGGAAAACUAGCCCUAGUUUCCGGCCUCGAUAUAACCGGCACAGAAGAUGACGACCUUAUUUUAGAUUUGCUGAUGGAGUACCUCACAGGCGAAGCAUCAGGGCCUCCAGACCAGAGCAGUGCAUCUAAUAUAAGCCGGCUUGUCAUAGCUGGCAACUCACUCUCCAACGCUUCUCCAAUCCUUUCAAGAGAAGAGUUCAACGUAAAGAAAGGUGCAAAGAAAAACUAUGGCUACGAUGCCUCCUCCUACAACGCCACUCCCGCCGAGAAAUUCGACGCCUUCCUCGCUGAAAUUCUCUCAACCCUACCAGUCACCCUCCUCCCUGGUGAGAACGACCCCGCCAACGUGGCCCUCCCGCAACAGCCCCUUCACCCAGCGCUCUUCCCACUCUGCAGAGCGUACGCAAAUCCGCCAGCAGUAUCAAAUGAGUCACUUGAGGGCCUCGAUUCCGUAACGAACCCGUGGGAAGCUGAUGUAGAGGGCUGGAGAGUAUUGGGCACCGGUGGUCAGACAGUCGACGACUUGCUGAAAUACGUGGAUGGCGUUCAGCCGCUUGAGGUCAUGGAGAUGAUGCUGAGAUGGCGGUGUCUAGCGCCCACAGCGCCCGACACAUUGUGGUGCUAUCCAUUUCAGGACGAUGAUCCUUUGAUAUUGAGGGAAUGCCCUCACAUCUAUUUUGCGGGCAAUAGGGAGAAGUUCGAGACGAAUGUUGUGGAGGGUCCGGCGGGGCAGCAGGUGCUGAUUGUGGGAGUACCGAAAUUCAGCAAAACCGGGCAGAUUGUGUUGGUGGACAUGGAGACGCUGGAGGUCGAGCUCGUGGAGGUAGGUGUUGUACAGCCGGGUUCAUAG